GAGAUUUCGUGAGCCUCUUAUCUGUUUACCUUGCUGCUUCCUGCCUCGCCACUGCAGGAGGGUGCUAAGUCGCAUUUCUUGUUAUUUCCUCGACGCCGUCCUCUGGAAACCCAAACCGAAGUGAAAAUAUCGAGCAGAGAUGGACAUUCUGAGUGUGUUGCCAUCCAGCUUUGGAUAUGUCAUAUUUACUUACCUCUACAGCUGGAUUAUGCUGCUGUAUUUAUCAGUAAAGGUCGGGUCUGCCAGGAAGAAGUAUGAUGUUAAGUAUCCCACUAUGUACAGUGACAAGGAACACAUGUUCAACUGUAUUCAGAGAGCACAUCAGAACACCCUAGAGGUGUACCCUCAGUGGCUUGUUUUCCAGACCAUUGCUGCUCUUGUCUACCCGUUAUCGGCAUCUGUGCUCGGGGUUAUUUGGGUGACCAGCAGGUUUUCGUAUGCAUGGGGCUACUACACAGGAGAUCCAGCCAAGAGGAUGAAUGGUGCCUAUGGCUACAUUGGCUACUUAGGUGUCAUCAUUCUGUCCAUAGCUGUAGCCUUGCAGUUGGUUGGAGUCUUUUAAAACAAUUAUCAUCUUCUUUACAGAUUUUUACCGGCUUACAUGUGAUUUUCAAAUGUAUCAGCUCUAAAGUACCUGUAAACAUCUUUAAAAUGCUAAUUUCAAAUUGUGUUGCUAAUCAUGGUUUUAUGGGCCACUGAAUCUGAUGUCCUCAUAUUCCAAUGUUUGUUGUGAUUGCCUACUCAGUAACCAUUGACAGUAAAGUAGGUGCUAACUGUUGCUACAGCUCCAGAAAUGUUCUCAGCAGCAUUCUGUUCACAGUAGGCAUUAAAAUUUGCAAAAAUAAAAGGGUCAGCUGCAGGCAUGAAGGCCCAUGUGACUCACGCAUGAUGUCUCAGACACAAAUCUCACAUCAGCUUCAGCUUGGUUGAAUGGAAAAUAGACUCAAGAAGAUGCAUUAGUCAUUUUAAUAAACACAGAGAGAUCUCAGAAAAAGUUCUGUUGAUUGUGUCAAAGUAGUUUCCUUCAAAAUGAUCAUUUUCCUCAAUUUGUUUCAAUUAACACUAUGUUCUAAACAUUAAUUCAGCUGCUCUGCAUACACAACACUAAAUCAAUGCAAAUAAGUCUAUACAGGGAAAGAAUAUUCACAUACAUUCCUUUCCUGACAUCCUCUUUGUCAUACUUAUGUAUCUUUUCAUCAUUUAAAUAUGAUUUGAAUUCUGUUUUUCCAGAUUUUAAAAUGAUUUUUUGCUUAAGUGUUUGGUGGUAAAUGUGCUUGUAUAUUAUUUUUGGAAUCACAUCCAGCAUGUGUUGCAAGCUGUAAUAGCUUCAUAAAUGAAUGUGAAAGUCAAGCCUUACAAAAUGCUCAGCUGCUAUCAUUCCUACAUUAAAUUUUGCUCAGAUUGUACUCCCAA